UUUUUCAGUGUAUCCACUAUUAUUCGUUUUUCUCCCUCCAAAAUCGUGUGGAUCUCUGCAAAAAAUUCCCAUAAACUCAUCCAUUCCCAUUUCUUUCUCCAUCCCAAUCUUUCUCCAUCAUCAUCGUUGUUUCAUUUUGUUACCGAUCGAAAUUGAGAAUUGAUCUUAAAUUUGUUGAUUUAAUAAGAUCUAGGGUUCCGCUGAUUCCACAGCUGUAAUAACAAUCAAUCGCAUUUAUUCCUUUCCGACAUAGAAUCUAAUCUGCACGCGGUUUCUCUACAAACGCAUUGAAAACCUAAUCCCCGAUUUGAUCGAUACAUUUGGUUUUUGAUGAGAAUGGAGAUUGUUAGCGAUGUGGCUUCAUUGGAUGUUGAAUUGUUGCAGCUCCCAGAGGUGUCUACUAUGGGACUCAAGUCUAAUUUCACCUUCGUCCAGACACUUUAUAACCAGUGGCUUUCGCUUCCUGAAACGAAUCGCUUGGCAACAUCAUUGCUAAAUGAUGUGAAAUCCGGUGUUCCGUUAAAUGUUCCCGGUAAUUGCUCAAGUCCAAAUGCUUCUGGCAAUACUUUGCCCUCUAUGUUUCCUGCUGGCACUGCACCGCCUCUUUCACCGAGAAGUUCGUCUGGCUCCCCUCGCGUGGUGAAACAUAGACUUGGCCUUUCUAAUCUCGGUUCUUCUUUUAAAGUUGUUAGCGAGCCAGUUAAAGAACUUAUACCUCAGUUCUACUUUCAAAAUGGGCGACCUCCGCCCAAUGAGCUGAAAGAACAAUGCUUGCUUAGAGUUGACCAUUUUUUCUCCGAUCACAUGGAUGGGCUGCAGAUACAUGAAUUCAAGUCAGUUACCAAGGAAGUAUGCAAGCUACCGUCUUUUCUUUCCACAUCUCUUUACAGAAAGAUCGAAAAUGGAGCUGGUAUUGUGACAAGGAAAGCAUUCAUUGAUUAUUGGAUUAAUGGCAACAUGCUGACAAUGGAUAUAGGGACCCAAAUAUACAAAAUUUUGAAGCAACCACAGUUCAAUUACCUUACUCAGGAUGAUUUUAAACCUAUACUACGUGAGCUUUUGGCAACUCAUCCUGGGCUGGAGUUCCUGCAGAGCACACCUGAGUUUCAAGAGAGAUAUGCUGAAACCGUGAUAUAUAGAAUAUAUUACUUCAUCAAUAGAUCAGGAAAUGGUCGUCUUACCCUGAGGGAGCUGAAGCGUGGAAAUAUCAUUGAUGCAAUGCAGCAUGCCGAUGAAGAAGAAGACAUCAACAAAGUUUUGAGAUACUUCUCUUAUGAGCACUUUUAUGUUAUAUACUGCAAGUUUUGGGAGCUGGAUACAGAUCAUGACUUCUUGAUAGACAAAGAGAAUCUUAUCAGAUAUGGCAACCAUGCACUUACCUAUCGAAUUGUCGAUAGAAUAUUUUCUCAGGUUCCAAGAAAGUUUACUAGUAAAGUUGAGGGAAAGAUGGGAUAUGAAGAUUUUGUUUAUUUCAUACUAUCAGAAGAGGACAAAACAUCUGAGCCAAGUCUUGAGUAUUGGUUUAAGUGUGUUGAUUUGGAUGGAAAUGGAGUUCUAACAAGGAAUGAACUGCAAUUUUUCUAUGAGGAGCAACUGCAUCGAAUGGAGUGCAUGGCUCAAGAACCGGUUCUUUUUGAAGACAUACUGUGUCAAAUAAUUGACAUGGUUAGAUGUGAGAACGAAAGCUAUAUCACUCUGCGUGACCUGAAAGGUGGUAAACUCUCUGGAAGCAUUUUCAAUAUCCUAUUCAAUCUAAAUAAGUUCAUGGCCUUUGAAACUCGUGACCCGUUUUUGAUUCGCCAGGAACGUGAGAAUCCUACGUUGACAGAGUGGGAUCGCUUUGCUCACAGAGAAUAUAUCAGGCUUUCAAUGGAAGAAGAUGUAGAGGAUGUUUCUAAUGGAAGUGCAGAAGUUUGGGAUGAAUCACUAGAAGCUCCCUUCUGACAUCUUCUAUUAUAUGAAAAAAUAUCAACGCCCUAGAUCGGAUGAGUGGCCCUUGUGCAGAGAUUGUAGAGCCGGGUCACCUUUGAGUCCUCCUCCAUUGCACCUGCGAAAUUGGAACAUUCCAAGGCUUGCCGCAAUGGAAUAAUGUAUUUUGGAAGGGUGCUGAUAGUGACAGACAUUGGGACGUUUCUCAUUGAAGUUUUUGUUGCUUAUACCAAUUGUCCGUGUAAAGCGAGGACAUUUUUGCUAAGUGAUUAAGCCUCGAGUCGAAUUAAAUAAAAUAGGUGUCAUUGAGUAUGCUUGCUAUUCAAGUAACCAGAAAUUUAGAUGUUUGUUUUAAGUUUGUUUUAAUGGUCUAGUCCCUUUGGCCUAUGAUCACUUUAUUUGUAGAUUACAUUUCCAAUUUUCCGGCCUCGUCUGCUACUCCGGCCAUCAUAUAUUUAUAUUUAUGUAUGACAAUUUUUUUAAGUAAACUACUUUUUCAUUUAAAAUA